AAAAAUAUAAGGUUUGUGCAGUAAAAAUUAAAUUUUUUAUCAUAAACAUAAAUAUUUAUAUAUGCAUAUGCAUAGGAGCAUAACUACUGCACAAAUAACAUAAUGAAUUCGAUCAGUGAAGAAUUUUACAGGAGCUGGUUAACCUCAUUAAUAGGUAUUUCUUUAUUUUGUGCAGGGAUCUGGCUUCUAACUUGGAACGAGGGUCGAGCAGUGCACCAUGCAGAUGUACUAGACGAAGCAUACAAUACUGUUAUUUCUUUGAAUGCUUAUGAAUCAGCUAAAAGAGAAUAUGAUGGAGAUUUGAUUCAUAUAGGGGGCCCAAUCAUUGUCGAAGAGCCACUUACCGAACCGGAUUACGGUAUUGCUAUCCAAGCCGUUAAGUUAAAACGAAGGGUUCAGAUGUAUCAGUGGGUAGAAGAAGUAACGACUAAAAGUACUAAUGAGAUGGGAGCUAAUUCAGAUGUACAAGAUUAUUAUUAUGAUACAGAAUGGAGGGAUAAACUUGUUGAUAGUAGUAAUUUUUAUAUACGUCAUGGACACCAAAAUCCUAAGGAAAUACCUUUAAAGACACGUACUUUUAUAGCACCCUAUGUUAGAAUUGGACGAAUAAAUCUUGGAAAAGAAAUUAAAAAAAAGUUUAACGAUUAUGUUGAAGUAACUAGUGAUGAAAGACCAGAUAAUAAAAAUAUCAAAUUACAUUUAGGUAUUUACUACCACUGUGAAGAUGUGUGGAAUCCAGAAGUUGGGGACAUUAGAGUACAAUUCUACUAUGCAGGAUUAUCCGGAGACCCAGUUACGGUAAUAGCAAUGCAAAAAGAUGGUAUAUUAGUACCAUACGUCACUUCAAAAGGACAUGAAAUAGCCUUAAUAAGACAUGGUUUAUUGAGUGUUGAUGAUAUGUUUGCUGCUGAGCAUUCAGAUGCUAAAAUUGAAACUUGGAAAUACCGGGCAAUAGGAAUGUUUAUUCUGUAUGCUUCAAGUGUUUGUUUAGCGCGGUUGCUCAAAGUAGCAUUUAACAACGUGCCAAUGCUUCGAAGUAUAUUCUCCCAAGAAAUAAGUAAUUACUUCAAUUUAGUAAUAUCUCUGUCAGUUUCCUUGUUUGUCAUUGCAAUGGCUUGGAUUGCUUAUAGACCAAUGCUAGGGGUAGCACUUCUUAUGGCUGCUGUGAGCCCUUUCAUGUAUUGUAGUAUAAAUUUAUACAACACAGUGCAAAUGCAAAAUGGUUACUACAAUAGGUGAAAUUGACAAACAAGAAUAGCUUCAAAUGUGUUCUUCCACCCAGUCUUUUACAUUGGAUUCUAGUCAAUAAAUUAUAUAACAAUGAUUGUAUUAAUUUGUGUGAUAUUGUAUUAUACUUUAUACUGAUUAA